AGAACUGUCAGAAAUAGUCUAUUUCUGACAGUUCUGGGACAUUCACUCCAUACAGCUGUUUCAACCGCUGUAUGGAGGGAAUGUCAUGGAACUGUCAGAAAUAGACUAUUAAUGACAGUUCUGGGACUGUCCUUCCAUACAGCGGUUGAAACAUUGUAUGUAUUUGUUUCCAUAAAUGGAUCCAUUUAUGGAAACAAAUACAUACAAUGUUUCAACCGCUGUAUGGAAGGACAGUCCCAGAACUGUCAUUAAAUAGUCUAUUUCUGACAGUUC